CCGCCCCUCCUCUCUGGGUUGAGGAAGCAGGAAAAGGUGGCAGUGAGAGGCUUUGGGCAGACGUGCUGGGCAAUGAUGGCCGGAGCUCCUGUUAGGAUGGGCUUUCUCUGGGGCCUGGCUCUACCCCUUUUCUUCUGCUGCGAGGCUGGGGCCCCCGGGAGCUCUGCAGGCCCUAGCACCAGCAGACCAGGCCCUUUGGUGACAACAAACCACAUAGAAGUGACUACCAUGACUCCGGGGAUCAAGACAAGUUCACAGGGAGCCUUCCAGACGACUGACCUUGUUGAGACCUCCGUGCAAAGCCACAUCCCUUUGGAAACUCAAACCCUGAGCACCCAGACCUUUGAUAGGACCUUAAUCCUGGCCAGCACCAUUUCAGAUGCAGAGAUCAGGGAAACCAAGACCAUUUUUCCUUCAACAGAGACCAGGGCCUUCACAAAAAUGAUACCUUCCAAAUUCAUGGUUGUGAUCACCACUCCUAUGGAGGCAUCAGCUGCAAGUGGCAGCCCCACAGGAACUGAAAUGACCACAGUUGAGACGGUUAUAGGCACCGAUCUCGUGGAAUCUGUCUUUGACACCCUUUGUACCGAUGACAGCUCAGAAGAGGCAAAGAGGAUCGUAAUUGACAUCUUGACAUUGGCUCACACCUCUGCAGAAGCCGAGGCCCUGACCUUGGAGAGCAGUGCCUUCUCUGACAGCUCAGUUAUGGCCAUUGCCACCUCACAGGCCCUGGCAUCUGACACCACUGUUCCGGCUAAAGCCUUGCUUGCCUACACCAUCACCGACACCGAGGUUACCAAUUGCAGCGUUGUAGAAAUAGAAACAACUGCCACCACUCCCGGGACCUUGGACACAGAUCAUGAUCCCACAGGAGGAAAGGCCCUGUCAGCCUCUGAGGUGUCAGCUUUGCUUGAUUCCACUGAAUCAGAAUCAGACUUCACCAAGACCAUGACAUCUGCUGAGACUGUGUCAGGAGCCAGAGGCACAGAACCACAGUCUGAGACCACAGUUGAGACCCCGCUACCUGUUAAUAGCACCAUAGAAGGAGAAACAGCAGCAGCCAAGACCACCACCCCCAGCACAACUUUGGUGACAGUCAGCACGAACCCCUUGGAAGAAACUUCAGCCUUCUCUAUUGAGACAAGUCACACCGAGGUCUCAGUUACAAUCUCCACAGGGACUGGGUCAACUGUGGGCAAAGUGGCUCCCCCUGCUGGAUUCUCAGAUAGGGCCUACAGCCACAUCCAAGCAACCACUAGCAAGAACUCCACCCCCUCAGAGACUUCAACCACAGACAGCACAACCAAUGGGUCCAUCCCCAUCAGCAGGAACACCUUUCCUUCUGUGCAUCUGACUGUGGCCAACAGCAGCCCAGAGGCAAAUAUCACCUUAGUCAAGACCACAGCCUUAGCAAAGACCUUGAAGACAGCCAGCAUGACUGAAUGGAAGCCCCCAACAGCCAUGCCCACCACUGCUCAGACAAGGUGGACCACAGAAGUUACUGCAGGUGGGGAUGGAGGCUUUUUCCUUCUGCGGCUGAGUGUGGCCUCUCCAGAAGACCUCACUGACCCUAGAGUGGCAGAGAGGCUGAUGCAGCAGGCCAGGUGGGCUGUAAGUACCACCUUCUCCUUUUGCCCUACAGCUCCUCCAUGAACUGCAUACCCACAUGCCUCCCAUCCAAGUGACUCUGCUGCGUGUCAAGAAGGACUAAGGAACAUCAGCUGUGGCCAGGCAUGGUUGUGUGCCAAAGGGGGAAGUGCUGCUGGUGGUCUGGGCCCCCCAUAGACUAGAGCCAAGUUACUGUGCUGAGAUGUACCUGGGAGCUUCCCAGGAGGUCAGCUGGCCUAAGCCCUUUUCCCAGACCUGGCAGCAGGAUCCUGACUCACAUAUGCCUGAGUGUAUGGGGGUCGGGGUGAGGGGUGUUCCAAAGAUGUUCUUGGACUUCCUUUGGCACAUGUGUUGUGUUUCAGUAAAGAGUGACUUGAUCACCCA